AUGAGCGACUUCAAUCAAGCCGUCACAUCCGCGCAGCUUCGUGGAGCACGACUCGUAGCUCUGUUUAACGACCCCGACGUCGUCUAUAAAGCUAGCGAAGAAGAAAUGCUCAAGCGACCUAGCCCUGACCAGAGAUCAGGAUUAAACAGAUGGCGAGAGGCCGAGAUGAGAACCGUCUGGAACAACUUUUGGACUCAACUAUUGAACCCAUAUCCUAUGGACCCAACGAUCUUUCUCCCUUCUAGUGCCUCACUACCGUGGUCGUUCCAAGAUGUUCUAUGGUAUUUGUUUCAGAUCUACGACUCGAAAAGUUCUGGGCUCAACUCGGACGCCGUCUUUGCUUCGGAGCACAGUUCUACCCAGUACGGAGCACUAGGGCCAAAGCUCGAGAGAAAGAACUGCUUUAAUGGUAGUGAAUCGUCCAAAAACACGGGGCAAGGGGACAACCUCGUGCCUUGGACUAGCUCUCUGAUGAACACGAUCCAGCGUGCUAUUUGGAGGUCGCAUGUCGGCCAUAAACCAGCCUCCAAUGUUUAUAUCUGUGCUGUGAACACCAGGAAGGUCCCUCAAGGGCAAUUUGCAAGAGAUAUGUGGUUACUCGAUACCUCCGCAUACCCGAGGUCGAAUUGGCUUCGACUUGAAAAUCCAGAGUAUGAUAACAGGGAGUACCUUUCCCAGGGAGUGAUCCAUCACGGCGGUCGGUCGUCCACUUUCUCUCUACAGGAUCUUGUAUCAUCCGGCCUAUAUAAAGAAUAUCCAGAGCAGAGCAGUACGCUAAAGGUUUUUGGACGAAUCGAGUGCUAG